UUAUUGGAGGACCUGAGUGGUGUUGCUUGGAGGCGUAUGGUUCCCUCUGCGGCAGAAGACUCUGCUUGGAACCAGUGAUUGCUUGUAGUUUGUAGUUAGUAGUAGUUUUUGUUUGUUUCAGUUUUCUUUGUUUUUAUUUUUCUUUGUUUCGGAGCUUUUCGUUCCUCUCUUUUCACCAAAAAAAAAAAAAACAAUUCCUGUCAAAAAAAAAAAAAAAAUUAACAAUUAAUUUAAUUUUUGACCUUUCCUAAAAGUCCGUCCACCACCGGGCCUCACGCCUGCACGACGACGCACGCCGACCAGGCGACCACGGACCACCGUCGCACCACCACUGACUGCAGUGAACUCUGAAUUCGCGCGAAUUUCCGAACUUUCUCUCUCCUCCAAUGAACCAGAAACAACAGCAGCUUCUCAAGUCUGUAAUUCCCAAUCGCUAUGCAAUGGGCGGCGAAAUUGCCGAAAAAUCUCGAGUAUGCGUGAAGAAUUUGCCGAAACACCUUACUUUGGAUCGUUUCAAAGCGCACUUCUCCCAAAUUGGCGACCUCACUGAUGCUCUUCUUCUCCGUACCAAAGAGGGGAGGAGUAGGCGGAUGGGGUUCAUUGGGUACAGAACAGAGCAACAAGCGCAAGAUGCCAUCAAAUACUUCAACAAUUCUUUUGUGGAUUGCUCCAAAAUUACUUGCGAGGUUGGUAGGAAAUCUGCGGACCCAAACAUUCCUCGCCCUUGGAGCACGUACUCUAAGGAGAAAGUGAAAUCUGCUGAAAAGAAUAUUCAGGUCAGAGGCACUGAUGCUAAAAAAGAAAGGAAGACAGACAACAAAAUUAAUGAAAUUGAUGAUCUCAAGUUUCAGGAGUUUCUUCAAGUUAUGCAGCCAUAUUCAAAGAGAAAACUCUGGGCCAAUGAUCUAGAAGCAUUUAUCUAUAAUCAAGCCUGCACUGCAAGAGAGAAGCUUGCUCAGUCAAAUCAACAAGUUUGGAAGAAGUCCAUAGAAAUGCCCAAUACAGACAAAAGUGCUCACAAGGAGGGUGACAUGCAUCAUGAAAACCCUUCAAAAUCUCACAAGAUGGCCUGUGAUCCUACUGUGACAGAUAUGGAUUACUUUAAAAGCAAAAUCAGAAAGGACUGGUCUGAUUCAGAAAGUGACACUGACAAAAAAUUUAGUCAGGAUGAUGAUUCCCCUGCUCGAGAAAAUCAGGUGCAGCAGAUUAUUCAUGGAAACUCCGAUUCAGAGAAGCAAGAGUGUCUGCCAAAACCUGGUCUUUGUGAUGAAUUGAUAAACCUUGGGAAUCAAAGUUGUCAUUUAGAAGAUGCAGACAGAUUGCCUCAAACCUGUCGUAUUUAUGUUUGGAAUCUUCCCUAUGCUGCAACGGAAGAUGAAGUGGCAGAGUUCUUCAAUAAAUUUGGAAAGGUCAAAGAUGUCCAUCUAGUCAUUGAUAAAGAGACAAGACAACCUAGGGGUUUCAGUUAUGUUCGUUAUAACUCACCAGAAGAAGCUGCAAGGGCGCUGGGUGAUCAAUUUUUCAAGGGAGGAUUCUACAUGUAGUUCCGGCAGAAAAUGCACGUGGUUUGCAUAAUCUAGAAAAUCAUGUACCUGAAAGCAAAGGCAAAACAUAUAAGCAGCAGAGAGAAGAAAAAAGGAAGGCCUUAGAAUCAAAUGGUGAUACUCGAGCUUGGAACAGUUUGUUUAUGCAUACUGACACUAUUGUUCAAAAUAUCGCUAGGAGAUAUGGGGUCAGUAAGAGUGUCUUACUAGAUCGUGAAGCUGAUGAUGUUGCUGUACGUAUUGCUCUUGGAGAAAUUAAUAUUAUUGCAGAAACUAAGAAGGCUCUAACAAAGGCUGGAGUAAAUGUGGCUUCCUUGGAGGAAUUUGCUGCUAGAAAAAGCGAAGGUGCCAAGAGAAGCAACCAUGUCCUACUAGUCAAGAAUUUACCUUUCAGUUCAAGCAAAGGUUAUAGAAAGAGCAAACGAAGAUGAAACAUUGGGGGAACUACGAGCAAGGAUAGCAGCUCAAUACGUCGAUGAUCAGGGCACAAUCCAGAAUCCAACGCAGAUUACUAAGAAAAGAAAGAUUAUUUAGUUCCUUUAGUUAUAGUCCUCUAACGAUAUUCGAACGCCAUCCCCAUGUUUAUCUUGCAGGAUCCGAGUAAUUUAUGAGAAGAGAAAGAUUAUAUGACAUAAGUAAUCUAUUCUCUCUCAAAGAAAAAACCAUUCUUCUUUCUGCCAUUGUUUUGGGGCUGCCAUCAAUCUUCUAAGGUUGAUGGUAAGCCCCUUUCUCUCUUCUUAUUCUAUUGUCACUACUUCUGUUUUAUUGUUUACAAUAAGGCCCUUCUUUAUUCUCUUCGUGAGACCUAUCAUUCCGUUUUAUCGGAUUUAUCAUUCUCCUUUUGUGAGAUC